UUGAAACACCAACAUCUCGACAUCUCGACAUCACGACAUCACGACCUCCACCCCGGCCUGUCUCGCAGACCAUCAGCAUCGGCCCCCAAACCCAUCGAUUCGCGCCCAACACUUCUGCGAGUGUCACCUCCUCUGAAUACCCCUCCACCCAACCGCUGCCUGAAUAACAAAAUGGCGAACGACGAAUACGAUUUCCUUUUCAAGGUGGUGCUGAUCGGUGACUCUGGUGUCGGAAAAUCGAACCUGCUCUCGCGAUUCACCCGGAAUGAGUUCAACCUCGACAGCAAGUCCACAAUCGGCGUCGAAUUUGCGACGCGCAGCAUUCAAGUGGACAACAAGACGAUCAAGGCGCAAAUCUGGGACACCGCCGGCCAAGAGCGCUACCGCGCCAUCACCUCUGCCUACUACCGGGGCGCUGUGGGUGCACUACUCGUCUACGAUAUCUCCAAGCAACAGACGUACGAGAACGUCACACGGUGGUUGAAAGAGCUGAGGGAUCAUGCGGACACAAACAUAGUCAUCAUGCUUGUGGGUAACAAGUCAGAUCUUCGUCAUCUGCGCGCAGUGUCCACAGACGACGCCAAACAAUUCGCGAGCGAGAACGGCCUCUCCUUCAUCGAGACCUCCGCCUUGGACGCCUCCAACGUCGAGCUUGCCUUCCAGCAAGAAUUGGCUGAGAUCUACCGCAUCGUCAGCAGCAAGGCACUCGACCAAGGAGAGCCAAGCCAGGGACCAGGGCAAGGCAGUGCCAUUCCGCUAGGCCCAUCGAACAUGCCGGCAGACAAGAAGAGCGGACAGUGCUGUUGAGAACGGAAGCCAAUUUGGUUGGCACAGAUGGGACGACUUUCGUUUGGUGGAGCAUGCAUGUGGGAGGCUAGGAGUCUGGAGUAGAGGUCAUGCCAGCGACGAUUCAGCUGAUGCGAGACGCGGCUCUGCUCGUAGUACGAUUGCUUCUGCCUCUUGAGAGGAGAGGAAUGACGUUAAUACGACCUUUCAAUGAUAUUGCAGUUCUUGGAG